AGUUAACAUAACACCAUAUCUUAUAUAUAAGCACUUCAUUUUUCUUGUAAUAUGUUAUACUUAUCUUUCUUCGGUUCAUAUAUAGAAGCAUAAUGGCCAUGUCAAGUGACAAAGCUUAUCAUGAAAAGGAGAGACAAUUGAAGGGUAGAAAAGAAAAGAGGAAAAUAAAGAGUUCUAGUACUGGGCAUAGCAGAGAUAAAUUUGAAGAGAGAUUGGAUUUCAAGUUCUAUGACUUCAAGGCUCUUGAGAUUGAAAAAGGGUGGAACCAGCUUUUUGUUUCUAUUAUUUCUAUGGAAACAGGGGAAACUAUAGCCAAGUCUGGCAAAGCAUUAGUUCAGAAUGGUCAGUGUCAUUGGGAAGACUCAAUGUUAAGUACCAUUUGGAUUUCUGAUUAUUCUCAUGAAGAUAAUGAAGCCUGCCUCCUUAAGCUUCUUGUAGCAAUGGGAUCUCCCAGGUUUGGGACCCUUGGGGAGGCUACCAUUAAUUUAGCAAGUUACAUUGUACCAGAGACUUGCACUGCAUCAUUGCCUUUGAUACAACAUGGUUCACAUGGGGCAAUCUUACAAGUUAAAAUUCAGUGCUUGACACCAAGAAGAAAUUACAGAAAAUAUACAAAUUCAUAUGGGGAUGAAAUGAGUGUUGGAUAUGAUGAUGUGGACAGUAUAUCCAAUGCAUCUGACACUACAUUCAAAAAUAUAUUUUAUCCAGGAGAACUUAGCACUAAGAGAAGAGGUCCUCAGAUGACAUGUUCAGAUCACGACGUUGGCUCUUUGGACAGUUCCUUUCCUUCUUGGAUUGAAAACUUUCCCCAACAAAGUAAUGUCAAUGGAUGGAAGACUAAUGUGCAGGAGAAACAAGAUACAACUUGCUCUAAAGAUGGCCCCCAUUCACUAUAUGAUACCUCAAGUUUAGGGACACAGAUUCAAGACAAAAUGGAAGACUUUGGGCAAAUUUCGCAUGCCAAUGACUCGGCAUCAACGAGGAGUGUUUGUUCAUCUAAGGAUAUGCUAGCGGCAGCGCAAGUAACAAUUGAGUUACUUCAUGGCGAGGUGAAGAUGUGGGAAGAAAGUACUAGAAAGCUGACGACUGAUGUGGAGAGAUUGCGGAAGGAGUUACACAAGAAGUCGAAGCAUAAAAAGGAUCUGGAAAUGGAGUUAUCAGCAUCACGCAAAGAGAGCGGUGAUUUGAAGGAAGAAAUUCAACGGUUAACCGCUAUGGUGAAACAAAAUGACAGCAGAAAUCUCAGGCUUCAGACAGAAGAGAUGGAUAAUGUCAUAAAGGAGUUGAAAGAUGAGAUCAAUUAUCAGAAAGGACUUAAUUAUGACUUGGAAGUGAAGCUAAAUAGAACACAGGAGUCAAACAUUGAUAUUGUCUCCAUUUUCCGGAAUUUCGAAAAGAUGGUAGAAAAGCAGAAGAUGGAGAUUGCUGAACUAUCAAGGACUAAUCGUCGGUUUGAUGGUGAAAAUAAUAGUCGUGGGAUCGAAGACAGUGAGGAAGAGGACUUCAGUUUGAGCAUAGAUGUUUUGCCAGAGAAAAUGAGGAAGGAGUUCUAUGGUUCAGGUUAUGAUCUCAGUACUAAUGAAAAUGCAAUAAGAUGCCUGCAUGAAGGGAUUGAACUACAAGAAUUCAGGAAUGUGGAGAUUGAGCGCCAAGUCAUGCAAGAGAAGCAAAAAAACAUGCAAAGUACCAACCAAUUUCUGGAGAAAGCUCUGGAUGACAAAGAUCACGAGAUGCAAAAUGCCAGACAUUUUAUGGCGCAAACUUUUGAAGAAAAUGAUGCAAAAUGGAGUAAUAGACUGUUUGAGAAAGAAAAACAAAUUGCAAACUUCGAAAAGAAGUUAUAUGAGGGUUUUAAUGCUUUUAGCAAUGAAAUCUUAGCUUUAACACAAAGGGUGCAAGAUCUUGAAGCUGAAUUUCGUGAGAGGUAUGGAGAGUCCAAAGAGGAUCUUGUCAGUUCCUUUCCUUCCAAUAUUCUGCUCUUUAACUUUGAUACUGCUAUCAAAAUCACUGAAGCAUUCCUAGAGUUAUAUAAGCAGCUUCAUGUUUCAGUAAAAAACCUGAAGGGUCAGAAAUCUCUUCUGACAUUCACCAAAAAUAAGAGUUGUUUCGAUAUAUUAGAGCUUUCGAAAGAUGCAGGUAAAAUAGAUUUGAGGGAAUUGACUGAUGUAAUCUUGUGCACCACAAUCCAGUUAAAUAAACUGCUUGAAUCAAAGGCUACUUCCUUAGAAAAUGAGAUUAAUCCUCAUGAUGAAGUAAGGAAUUCGUCCAAAAUAGAAAGUUCAGACGAUGAUCAACAUGCUUUAUUUGCACUAAAAGAAGAAGUUGCACAGUUAUCAGAACGGAUAUCUGGCUUGGAAGCUGAAGUGAGAUAUUUGAAUGAAGAAAAGGAGUUAACUCAUUUGGCGUUGGAGAAUUCUGAAAAUAUUGUCACGUAUCUCAAAGCUGAGAUCAAGAGAAUGGAGAAUAUAAAUGAGUCACGAAAAGUUGAUUUGAAAAUAAUGGGGGAGAGCAUGCAGAAAAGAUGGACAGAAGCUCAAGAGGAGUGUGGUUUUCUCAAAGGAGGCAACUUAAAAUUACAAGCUAUUAAUGAAAAUUUGAUUCAAGUAUCUAAAACUCUUCAGGCGACAAAUGGUGUGUUAAGAAUGCAAAACUUGGCGCUGCACAACCGAUAUGCAGUAUUGGAAUCUAAACUAGGGGAGUCACAGAUUGCAUUUUCUGAUAUAAUGAAAUUGGUUGAAGACUUGGAAUGCAAAUUUACUUCAAUGCUGGAAGAAAUUGCUUUGAAAGAAAAAACCAUAAACGUAGACAUAGAAGCACUUCUUCAGGAAAGCGUAAAGCAAGAUGAAAGGUUUAUUAUAGAAGAAAGAUUUUUAACACAGAUGUAUAUGGAAAAAGCAGCUGAAGUGAGUAACUUGCAGAGAGAGGUUGAACACCUAACAGAUCAGGUAUCUGACAUAUUUGAUAGACACAAGAUAAUAGCCUCUAAUGUUGUUCUUCAUGUCUAUGAUUUAUGUUCUGAUAAAGCUAUGACAGAAGCUGCUCUUCAAGAAGAACAGGAGAAACUAAAGCUAUAUGAAGCAAAGCUUGAUAAUCUUCAAGCAGAAUAUGAAGUCACGGUGCAUAAUUAUAAUGAAGAGCUAGCCACUAUGACAGAAAACCAAGAAAAUCUGAUGGUUAAACAUGAAAAAGUAGUUCUUUUAUUGGGAAACUCCAAAUCAAAUGAAGAGAAACUGAAGGGCAUUGUUAGAAGGCUCGUGGUGGAGCUGAAAACCUCAGAAUUAGAGAGGCUACAAGCAACAGAAGAAAUUUUUGAACUUGAAGUUCAACUUCAGAAAACUGAAGUGCUUCAAAAUGAACUCUUCAUCCUCAAGAGAUCAUUAUAUGAAGUAAAAUUCGAAUGUAGAAGACUGGAAACUUCAUAUCAGAUGUUGUCCUUAGAGUACGACGUGCUGAAGGCUGAGAAAGUAUCCUGCAUGCAAAGACUCUCAACCACUGAGGAAGUUACAUCCGAGUUGGAAGACUGCAAGCGUAGUAAAGUUGAGCUUGAGGACAAAAUAUUUCGGCUGGAAUGGGAUUUAACCACGAAAGAAGCUUCUUGGCAUAGUAAUGCUCAAUUAAAGUAUGAACUUGCCCAAGUGACAAGAGAAAAUGGUGAGCUAUUUAAGAAGAAAGAGUAUCUUCAACAAGAGAAUGAAGAUUACCAGAAGAAAGUUAAAGUUCUUGAAGAAAAGUUGAAGCAAAAAGAUGAAAAACAAAACGAAUAUAUUGACAAAGAAUGUAGUACUUCUACAACUGACCAGGAUGAUUUGAAGUUCCUACAGGUGGAGGAUAAUUGCAGCAGUAUCAAAUCCAGUGAGAGGCAACUUCUAUCUACUGCCACAUUUUUCCAAAAUCACAACAAGUUUCUCACUAAAUAAUAUUCCAAGCUGGACUAGUUACAGUUUACACCGACACAAAUCUCUUGCUUCACUUUUUGUUCUGACCUACAAUUACUAUAAAGUCACUCUUUGUUCGCUUUUUUUUUUAACGUACAAUCUUAAUAACAAUCUUAAUAUUUAUUGAUUUCAAAGACUGAUUCUA